UCUAGACGCAGAAAAUGAACUGUUUAGUCUCCUGGCUUGUGAUCUUUACGUUGAUGGUCGAUAUCGUGUCAACUAGUGACAUGUACUCAUCUGUGGCUGAGUUAGAACGACUUUACGAAAAGGAGCAACACGUUGGCCAACGACUUGAACAUUUCCUCCUCAUCAUCAAACAGCAAACGGCCGCCAUCGAUCAGUACCUAACAGAAUUUAGAGAAAUUCAUUCGGCUCAUUUAGAUUCGAGGGCAGUGAUUAGUAACCCAAUCAACGCUUUCCACAUGAUGAAACGUCUAACAAUCUCUUGGCAAUCAGUCAAAACAGCACUGGAAUCUCAAGUCAAUGUGACUGACAUUGUUCAAGAAGUUCUGAACAUGUCGAAGAGUUUCCCAAGUGAAGACGAUCUGUCAGGAGCGGCAUUUUCUUUAGCUGACUUGCAGGGAGCCUAUCGAUUGAACGUCAGCCAACUUGCGAGCGGUAAUGUCCAAAUGUUCGAUCGAAUCUCUUUUCCCAGCUUGAAAGGACUAAAUGCUCGAGAUUGUCUUUUCAUCGGCAAGCAUGCUUUCAACAAAGGGCUUUACGAUCAGGCCGUUGAUUGGAUAUCUACCGCCGCGGAAGUUGCCCAAUCCGAGAGCAAUCAAUCAGCAACUGUCGCUGAAAUCAAGCCUUUUCUAUCGACUGCAAUCCGUGUGCACGACGAUGUUCUAGAGAAAAAAGGUCCCCUCGGAGACAACUGGCGGACUAAUCCGGAGCCGUUUAAGCCGCGCGUCAAGACGGUCCGCGGAGGCAAUCAAUCACAACGCCAACGGAUUGUCGAUGCGAAAAACAAUGCGCACAGAUUGGCGACAGACAAAUCACCCGUUUGGGAAGAAACGGAAAUCUUUUUCAGACUUUGUCGAGGAGAGCAAUCUCGGCCGACACGUCUGACGAGCAAGUUAAAGUGCCGUCACAUCAGCCACACUGGUCCGUACUUCAUGGUGCGGCCAUUAAAACUGGAAGAGCAUUCUCUAGUGCCUUAUAUUGCAGUCUUUCACGACUUCAUGUCCGACGCAGAGACAGAGCUAUUCAAAUCGUUGGCCAUCGAGAAUUUAGAAAGGUCGGCGCACGGGAGCAAACGUUCAGGACGUCAGGGAGCUACUAGCGAUAAGCGCACGUCCAAACAGUCGUGGGUGCAGGAUGGCAGCCAUCAUGCGGUUGAUAAAAUCUCAAAGAGGAUCAGCGACUCUGUCGGCCUCAACAGCCAGCCUUCUGAUGUCGGAUCCGAACAUUAUCAAGUGGCCAAUUACGGCAUCGGUGGAAGAUAUACUCCGCACAGUGAUCAUGGUGUUCUUUUCCAAUCUGGAGGCCAACCCACUGAGUUUGAGCUGAUGCGCGGCGAUCGCAUCCUUACCUUCAUGACUUACUUGGAUGACGUGGAAGAAGGCGGAGCGACUGUUUUCACUCGCGCGGGAGUGACCGUCUGGCCCAAGAAAGGAAUGGCCGUCUUUUGGUGGAAUCUCAUGUCGGAUUUGAGCGGUGACAUGUUAACUCGUCACGGUGGAUGUCCCGUGCUUCACGGAUCGAAAUGGAUUUGCAACAAGUGGUUUCAUAGCGGCGAGCAAUUUCUUAAACGCCCUUGUGGCAAAAAGCCAAAAUCUCGGAUUUCCUAUCCUGGAGCGAAAUGACGUGAACGGAAUCACACUCUAGUC